GUGUCCGUGUGUGGAGCGUCGUGUCGGCAUGUCGAAGAAGCCGGCCGCGCAGCCGACGCUGCAUAAGGUGAUCAUGGUGGGCUCGGGGGGGGUCGGCAAGUCCGCCCUCACCCUGCAGUUUAUGUACGAUGAAUUCGUUGAAGACUACGAGCCCACCAAAGCCGAUAGUUACAGGAAGAAGGUUGUCCUGGAUGGAGAGGAAGUCCAGAUCGAUAUCCUGGACACAGCGGGCCAGGAGGACUAUGCCGCCAUCAGGGACAACUACUUUAGAUCCGGCGAGGGCUUCCUUUGCGUUUUCUCCAUCACUGAGCCUGAGAGCUUCGAUGCCACACAGGAGUUCAGAGAGCAGAUCCUUCGUGUUAAAAACGAUGACAACAUUCCGUUCCUGCUGGUCGGGAACAAGUCGGACCUCGCGGACAAGCGCCGGGUGCCGCUCGAGACCUGCAGGGAGAGGGCGCACAACUGGCAGGUGCCCUACGUCGAGACCUCGGCGAAAACUAGGGACAAUGUCGAUAAGGUGUUCUUCGACCUGAUGAGGGAGAUCCGCUCGCGGAAGUCUGACGACAGCCGCGCGACCAACGGCGAGGGAGGGAAGGGGAAAAAGAGCAAGAAAUUCAAAUGUGUCAUAUUGUAGACUUCCUUGAUGUAUAAUGGGCUUGAUGAUAGACGAUUUUGUGACUUGCGAACGUGCGAAUAACGAUCAACUUCGGCCUCCCUGGGCGCUGAUUAAAAUCUAUGCGUAUCUUUCUUAUUAACAUGUUUCGAUAAUAAUUGUAUUAACGAUAUAAUCAACUGCUCAUCAAUAUUCUAGCCCUUUGGUUAAAGCGAAAUACAAAUCAUUGAAUUUUGAUUAUUCAGCAAUAUUAUUAUUAUUAUUAUUAUAAAGAAGUAGAAAUUAACGCUAAUUUAUUCUUAAAAAUAAAUAAUUCUUAAUCGACCGUGCUCCGUGAAAAAAAAACGGAAGUUCUAGAAGUUUGUUAAAGUCACAAAUUCGACUUUCACGCAACGGGAACGUCCGGGUCUGUACGCGCUUGUGCCAGGCUCGUGUUGCCGCUUCACUACACGCGUUCAGUUUUGUUUCUCAUCAUUUAGAGGCUUUCCUGUAAAUCUAUACUAAUAUUAUAAAGCUGAAGAGUUUGUUUGUUUGAACGCGCUAAUCUCCGUCCGAUUUGAAAAAUUCUUUCAGUGUUU